AUGCCUGAAGAAAGACUGCCAACAUACGAAGAGGUUUUAAGGGAAAAAGGAGAACAAGAUCAGCGCCGACACAAUACAGUUGUAAAUGCACCACAUCGCCCACCUAACAGGCCACCAUUUCCUCAGCAAAGUGCCCCUGAUGGUCGCAGACUCCCCUGGGAAUAUCCGAGAGGUUACUUCUGCUACAAAUGCGCCAACACAGGUUACAAAUUAAGAAACGGACAUGAGUGCAGAGCAUGUUGGCGGCGAUUCUACGGGAAUCAAUUUGAAAUAGAGCGACCUCUCAUGGAUUUUACAGUACCGUUUUCGUUGGGAAGUCUUCUUGGAAACAGCAUCCUGUACAGUAUCUCGCCCAUGCAGAUGACAUGUCUACCGCAUGGACCAGCUAUGCAGCCUGAAAGCCAUAUGUUACCCCCUGGAGAAUCCCAAUCAUCAGGAUAUCGUUGUGGAGAAUGUGGAGGGACUGGGCAAAUUCGGUUCCUGUUCGAUAAAAAUAUCUGUCCCGUAUGCCAUGGUGUAGGAAGGAUUUUUUAA